GGUGGAUUGAGCGGGUCUGAACAAGAUUCCCAGAGGGCUUCGCGUACUCCGCUCUCCGGCGUUGUCAUGGCGGGCGUGCUAAAGAAGACUACUGGUCUUGUGGGGUUGGCGGUGUGUGAGAGUCCGCACGAGAGGCUAAGAAUAUUGUACACAAAAAUUCUUGAUGUUCUUGAGCAAAUCCCUAAAAAUGCAGCAUAUAGAAAGUACACAGAACAGAUUACAAAUGAGAAGCUGGAUAUGGUUAAAGCGGAACCAGAUGUUAAAAAAUUAGAAGACCGACUUCAGGGUGGCCAAAUAGAAGAGGUGAUUCUUCAGGCUGAAAAUGAACUAAGUCUGGCGAGGAAAAUGAUACAAUGGAAACCAUGGGAGCCUUUAGUGGAAGAGCCUCCUGCCAACCAGUGGAAAUGGCCAAUAUAACCAUCAUCAAAUGACUUGUUUGAAGGGAAACUGAUGUAAUUAAAUAUUCUGUUAUGUCAAAAUAUUUCCAUAUUAUUGACAUCUAAUAAAACUGACAA